CACUCUGUUGCCCACACAGGCGUUAAAGAGGGAGGUGGGCGCUGCUGGAUCAAGUCGAUUCGACUCCCCUCGGCUGGACUGAUCACACUGAUUGAUCGUCGGGUGCGUCCCGGAGGAACCCUUGCGAGGAUCUUGGAGGAUAGGAGAGGGGGAGACCGCUGUGUGGUCCCUGAUGACACACAGAAGAAAGUGUGUGGGCGGAUGAGGAAGUUCAGAGCAGGGAUUGAUGGUCACACACCUACUGUACUGGCACUUUAUCGCAGCAACGGCAGCGGCAUAACACCUGGAUCUCCAUCCACCAAUUUCUGUGAUCAGAUGGGAUCCGCGCAUGGGAAAAUGACAAUCAAGUUUGUGGUCAUCUUCUUCACACUUCUGCUCGCUCAAGGUGCUCGUUCUGAUCUACUGAAAUAUGGCGACGACGACGAAGAUCACCACGAUACCACUGUCAAUCAAAUGCUGGUUCCCAGGUCGCACCAGGAGGAUGCCACACUUAUACUGAACAAUUUGCUCAAGGAAUAUGACAAGACGCUACGGCCGGAUAUUGGAAUGAAACCAACAGUCAUCAAUGUGGGCAUAUAUGUCAACAGCAUCGGGCCUGUGUCAUCCAUCGAUAUGGUCAUGUGGACCACCGCAGCUGUUUUUGAGCUGAAGAAAGCCAGGAAAAACAGGUGUGGACGCUUUGUGCACAUCCCGUGGAUCAGCUCGGAUUAA